CUGCGAAAAUCGCGCGUCGCGCAGCGUUCGGCUGUGAUCGCCGUCGCGACGUCGAAGACGUUCCUCCCUUUCGCCAUCGCCGCCAGUUUUGCCAGUGCCCUGACGACGCCGACCCUUUUCGAAGGGCAUCGGACGAUCGUCUCACCCUGAACACCCCAACCUACAUCACUCAAUCUAGUGCAGUUCCAAAGUCGACCCAAAAUAUUAUGACACUCGAUCGACUCUUUGACUCUAAUGCUUCUGUCUUGCUGUGUGUUUGUGCCAUUUUCUUAACUCUCUGUGACCGUGUUUCCUUUCUUCAUUGAUCUUUCCUCUUCUUUUUUUGGCGAAUUGAUUUCGAAUUAAGUCUUCCGCCCCAACCAUGCAGCCUGCACAGAAGACGUUCCUGUCGUCAAAGGAACCAACACAGCCAACCAGUAUUUCCGAUCCUUCUUCGCAACCAAUCAGCAACAAUUCCUCCAGUUCAGCCAUUCCGGAUCUGCAGCAGCUCUAGUUUGGGUUAGACGACUGAAAGGCAAACCAUGAAUAUUCCUGUCCUUAAUUUUCUCUUGCUCCCGCGCCACUGAUUUCCAUAAGAAUCUUCCAUUUUUCCCUGAAUUAAACGGUUUUUACUCGAUUUCACCCCAACUCCUAAUCUAGUUUAGCUGGCGGAACAAAAAGCAAUACGAAACGUUUUCAGUUGCUUAGUUUUUAACUCUGUAGCGCAACAUCAGUUAUCUGCUGCGACAAGCAAUACUCGUUAAAUUAGGCUUAAAACGAACGGACAAUAUGAAUAUUAUAUAUAUACUGUUAAGCGAGCCGAGCAUGCUGUUAUACACUAGUUGUUGAGUGUUUGGGAAGCACACUUUUUCAUAGGCCGACUUUGUAUCAAUGUUGUUUGGAAGCAUGUUAAAGCAUUACUUGGAGAAUUGUUCGAAACAGACGAAAGCAGUGAAAUUCACGAAAAUCAAGCUUAAAUUUAAGAAUGACUAGUGGACUCGUCCGGCCCCCCUUUUCAACCGAGUACAAUCAAUCUUUCUAUUCUGUACACUCUGUUAGUUCUAGCUAGUUUAGUUCCUUUGGAGUUUCAAUGCUCAGGUUGUGAUCAUUUACUACUAAGCAACGACGACGAAUCAAAACUACCCGAAAGCAAUCACUAUUUUCUUGUUCAUCCUCUUCCGGUCAAGUGGUGGCGUUUUAGGACUCCGCCAGAAUUAAAACUAUGUAUGCAGCUGCAGGGGGUGCUUCACUUGCCAGCCGUCAAGCUCGCCAGAAACAGCGCCAACAGAAAACUAAGCAACUGAAAGCGCAAAAAGACCUCGCGCCUAAACCCCCGCAAGCUAAACAGUUCCACAAUUACACGGAUGCCGCUGUUCCUCGCUUAUCCCGGGUGGAGAGGGGCGUGUUGAAGCCGCCCAGUCAAAACGAGAGGCGGCACAGCACCUCCAACUACCUGAAAGAGCCGCACGCCAAAGCCCGAAUCCGCGAAAGUCCCUCCAUCUGCAUCCCGGUUCAUCCCAUCCAUGCGUCCAGCCACCAUCUGCCCCAACUGCCUCUGUCUCCCACCACUCUCGUCCAGGAGAACCAUGUCGAGAACCAGUCGACUCUUUCGCUGCACAAUCAGCUGCCUCAGAUUUUCGUCCCGGAGGAUGGCAAGUUGGAGCGACGAUGCAGCUUCGUCCGCCAAGUAGAGGAGGUUGGCAAGAAGGAGGAGGACGUUCUCGAUCGCUGCCAUCACAUUUGUAACUUUGAAAUCAAGGACAAGCAAUGGGAGGCCAACACGCAGUUUUACCUGGACGAACGCGAUCUGUUUGGCAGUUUGGACUACCCCUUUUCUGAGACGCUUGAACUGAGGUUAAUCGGCCCCACUUUGAUAGUGGCAGGACUGCUAUGCUGCAUAAUCCGAGUGCUACUCUGUGCCUGUCCGCCGUCCUGCUUCCGCUCUCGAACGAAAACGAAGAUGAAAGAUUCCUGCUCGCAUCGAAACAGCCGACGCCGCCUACCACAACGAUACCCGGAGGCUGCCGACCAGGCGGACUUUGUUCCUGCAGACAAAACGGCGCUGCUGCGCAAACACACCCGGAAAAAAGUCUCAAUCGUGCCGCCAAACUACAGUCUCCCGAGCACCAGUACCAGUGAAUUUAAAGAGUUGCCUUCUCUGCACUUCGAGCAAGA